AUGGCGCUCAUUGUUGGUUAUGCGUCCAGGCCCUUUGUGUAUGUGUUUUCAGAUGCUGUUAACACCUGUUUGAUCUCACAAACAACCACCUAUGCCUCACCAACAACCUGCCUGAUCUCACAAACAGCCACUUAUGCCUCACCAACAACCUGCCUGAUCUCACAAACAGCCACCUAUGCCUCACCAACAGCCUGCCUGAUCUCACAAACAGCCACUUAUGCCUCACCAACAACCUGCCUGAUCUCACAAACAGCCACCACCUAUGCCUCACCAACAACCUGCCUGAUCUCACAAACAACCACCUAUGCCUCACCUUCACAAACAACCUGCCUGAUCUCACAAACAGCCACUCGCUAUGCCUCACCCAACAACCUGCCUGAUCUCACAAAACAGCCACUUAUGCCUCACCUUCAGUCAACCUGCCUGAUCUCACAAACAGCCACCAUAUGCCUCACCAACAGCCUGCCUGAUCUCACAAACAGCCACUUAUGCCUCACCAACAACCUGCCUGAUCUCACAAACAGCCACCUAUGCCUCACCAACAACCUGCCUGAUCUCACAAACAGCCAUUUAUGCCUCACCUUCAGCCUGCCUGAUCUCACAAACAGCCACCUAUGCCUCACCAACAACCUGCCUGAUCUCACAAACAGCCACUUAUGCCUCACCAACAACCUGCCUGAUCUCACAAACAGCCACUUAUGCCUCACCAACAACCUGCCUGAUCUCACAAACAGCCACUUAUGCCUCACCAACAACCUGCCUGAUCUCACAAACAGCCACUUACGCCUCACCAACAACCUGCCUGAUCUCACAAACAGCCACUUACGCCUCACCAACAACCUGCCUGAUCUCACAAACAGCCACUGCCUCACCACCAACAACCUGCCUGAUCUCACAAACAGCCACUUACGCCUCACCAACAACCUGCCUGAUCUCACAAACAGCCACUUACGCCUCACCAACAACCUGCCUGAUCUCACAAACAGCCACACCAACAACCUGCCUGAUCUCACAAACAGCCACUUACGCCUCACCAACAACCUGCCUGAUCUCACAAACAGCCACUUAUGCCUCACCAAACAGCCACUUAUGCAGCCUGCCUGCCUGAUCUCACAAACAGCCACUUAUGCCUCACCAACAACCUGCCUGAUCUCACAAACAGCCACUUAUGCCUCACCAACAGCCUGCCUGAUCUCACAAACAGCCACCUAUGCCUCACCAACAACCUGCCUGAUCUCACAAACAGCCACCUAUGCCUCACCAACAGCCUGCCUGAUCUCACAAACAGCCACCUAUGCCUCACCAACAACCUGCCUGAUCUCACAAACAGCCACUUAUGCCUCACCUUCAGCCUGCCUGAUCUCACAAACAAACACCUAG